AUGAUGAGGCCAUCACUCAUCACUUUCAUUCUUGUUGCUGCCCUCCACGUCACGGAGGCCUCUCAUUGCUCUCAUCUCCUCGAAGAGAAGCAGCAAGAAAUCGAUCACCUGACGGCCGAGUUGGAAGUAUGCCGGCCCCCCUCGCCGACACCGACGCCGCCCACGCCGACGCCCACACCAACCGAGCCUCCGGUAACCUCUCCAUCGGACAGCCCGUUCACGUGCGACGGCAUCCUUAACGGUCAGGCUUGUUGCCGUCACGAAUGUCGUUCAUGUGGAGGGGUCGGUUGCUCUAAUAGGGGCGGAGGACUGACCGGUGACGACUGCUGCGUUUCUAACAUCGAGGAACACGGGGCUCUGUGCUCGGUAGCGGGCCAGGCACCGUGCUUCGUGGACGGUGAAGUUGGCACAUCAUCGCCGGAGCCGACUGUGCCGGCCCCGACCCCAGAACAAGCGACGAUGGCGCCUACUCUAGAGGGUCAGGCUCAGCAGCAGCACUCAACCUCUAGCGGUGGAGACGUUUGGGUCCCCGGAGUCGGCGAUUCGUGGCAAUACAACCUCGACACGCCGGUGAACACGGACGUGGACGUGGACGUGUUCUUCAUCGACCUGGACGUCGCCCAGGACACGAUCGAUGAGCUGCACGGCAAGGGCAAGUACGUCUCCUGCUACAUCUCCGUCGGCACCGUGGAGUCGUGGCGCGAAGACGUCGGCGUGUUCCCGUCUUCCGUGGUCGGGACUGCUUCCGGCGACGACAGUGGCGAAAACUGGAUUGAUAUCACCCAGGAGUCUGUGAGGGAGAUUAUGGAGGACCGCGUGAAGAAGGCGGCCAGCAAGGGCUGCGAUGCCGUCGAGCCGGACAACAUCUCCGUGUGGAACGAACAAGACUCCGGGUUCACCAUCUCGAAGGACGAACAGAUCUCCUACAACAAGUGGGUUGCGGAACUGGUCCAGGAGAACGGCAUGAAGGUUGGCCUGAAAGCGGGCCAUUCGUUGAUUGAAGACACGAGCAUGUACUACGACUUCGCCGCGUACCAGAUCCCGUUCUUGUCUGAGGGCAAGCCCGUCUUCAACGUCGAGUACAGCAAAGACUACGGCGGGUGCGAUGGAUCUAAUGCGCUGGGCAUUGAUACCAUUUUCAAGAACUACGACCUGAAGGCCCCCAUGUGCAGCUGUGCCAAUCCCUCGAGGGACCACGACUGCAGCCUGGUCACGGGAUUCGCGCCCACCACCACCACAACGGCGGCACCGGCCCCUACCCCGGAGCCCCCCGCUCCAAGCACGCCUUCGCCGACUGCCGAACCGCCCUCACCUGCUGCGCCGACAUCACCCCCCACCGGGGGGACCGCUGCCACGGAACCCCCCGCUCCAAGCACGCCGUCGCCUAGUACCAAAGCGACCGCCAGUCCGACACCGGUGCCGACAUCAUCGACGGCCGGGACCCCUGCCACGGAAUCACCUACGGCGGUGCCAGGCUCCUGGCUUCCCAGGGUCGGGGAUAGCUGGAACUACAACCUGGACACCCCGGUGGACAUCGACGUGGACGUGGACGUGUUCUUCAUCGACAUGGACAACGCUCAAGACACGAUCGACGAUCUGCACGCCAAGGGCAAGUACGUCGCCUGCUACAUCUCCGUCGGAACAGCGGAACCGUGGCGCGAGGACUUCGAGUUGUUCCCGGAUUCCGUGAUCGGGCAGCGCAUGGAAGAAUGGGAAGCCGAGAGCUACCUCGACAUCACCCAGGAGAGCGUGAGGGAGGUCAUGGAGGCCCGCGUCAAGAAGGCCGCCAGCACGAACUGCGACGCCGUCGAGCCGAACAACAUGUCUAACUGGAACCAGGAGAACACCGGCUUCACCAUCUCGAGGGACGACCAGGUCGCCUACAACAUAUGGUUCGCGUUGCUGGUUCGAGAGAACGGAAUGCGGGUGGGAAUCAAGGACAGCUUUGAGCUCGUGGGGGACCUGAACUCGUACUACGACUUCGCCAUCGCGGAGUGUCACGAGGAGUUCGAGUGCGGCGUGUACACGGUGCCGUUCCUGCUGAAGGACAAGCCCGUCUUCAAUGUGGAGUACAGCAAGGACUACGGCGUGUGUGAUGAGUCCAACGCGCUCGGUAUCGACACCAUCUUCAAGAACCUCGAGCUGGACGCCCCGCUGUGCAGCUGCGCCGACUCGUCUAGGGACGUCGACUGCGACUCCGUCCUGGGUUUCCUCACCACGGAACCCCCCGCCCCCGCGCCAACACCCUCUACACCGUCGCCUUCGACGCCGACAACCCCUGCCUCGCCAACGGAAGCUACUCCCGCCCCAACUCCCGCCACGCCGACUCCCCCUACCCCAGAGCCCUCUACACCCACGAACCCUUCGCCGACUUCCCCCCCUACACCCGAUCCCUCCGCACCCACGAGCCCUGCCCCAACUCCUCCGGCGCCGACACCCCCCACAUCGGGGGGCACCUGGGUACCCAAGGUCGGGGACACUUGGAACUACAACCUCAACACCCCGGUGGACACUGACGUCGAUGUCGACGUGUUCUUUAUCGACAUGGACAACGCUCAAGACACGAUCGACGAGCUGCACGGCAAGGGCAAGUACGUCUCCUGCUACAUCUCCGUCGGCACCGUGGAGUCGUGGCGCGAGGACGCCGGUGCCUUCCCGUCUUCCGCGGUCGGGAACUCCUGGGACGACUGGCAAGGCGAGAAUUUCCUCGACAUCACCCAGCAGAGCGUGAGGGAUCUCAUGGAGGCCCGCGUGGAGAAGGCGGCCAGGAUGAACUGCGACGCCAUCGAGCCCGACAACAUGUCUAACUGGAACCAGGAGGGGACCGGUCUCACCAUCUCCCGGGACGAGCAGGUCACAUACAACAAAUGGUUCGCGGAGACGCACUAGUGCCGCUUACUCCAACCCGUGGUCACACAGAAGAGCCCCUCUCUACCCUCCCCUCCUGCGGUACUUUGCCUUCGAUUUUAAUGCGAGAAGAGUUCAGCACUCUCUUCCCUCUGUGUACACACGAACUAGCGCUAUCCACUAGACCAGG